UAGAAAGCAGGUGCCCGUCUCUGCGGAUUCCGCAACCGUACGUUCUGUUCAUGUUUGCAGGCCAGGAAUUGCGUCUGCUCUGCUCCCAACCAGAUGUGUCGGAGUCAUUGCUUUACUGACGCUCGAAAAAAGCCGGGUUCGAGAAGUAACACGUCACUGAUUGCACACUUGGGCGCUAGAUUACAACUUUCAUAUUUUUCCUAAAGUUGAUCUGAUUGUAAGGGGGCUGGCGGCGCGUUCGUGAGGCUGGAUUUGGCAUGUGGUUUAGUAACCAGGAAAUCCUUUGGAACAGAGUUUGAGGUCGAGGAGAGGGGCAACGAUUGUGCAGACAGUUGAAUGGCAGCUACGUUAGAUGGGAAACACCUUGUGAUGCAGCCUGCGAUGGCGUUGUUUGAGUCGUCUGCCUUGAAGGCGGGCAAAAAUCAUCGUGAGCUGGGGAGCAGCCAUGGCACAAUCCUGGCCGGAAGAAAUGGUGAUAAGUUGAGUAAGGGUGGCUUGCUGCGCCUUCAGAAACGCCGGACUUGCAUGAGAGUGGUGGCGAAGUUGGCCACUGGGACGCGAAAUGGAAGCGUGAAGAGGGUUGAGAUGUUUCCUAACCGGGAACAAAUUGUGUUGGACAGCUUGAUGCAGCCCACCGUGACCUCCACCUCGGGAGCUAUGGAGGAGCUCGAGCUUGAGCGCGGUGUCUGCAAUCCGUUUCGGAAGUAUACUCCUGAUAGGGUUCGUCAAAGAGUUCUAGGGACGCCUGGAGCCUUGUUCUCUGUCGUUGGUCGAGGCGUGGAGAUUAUCACUAAGCUGGGAUUUUACUGGGCCAACCUUUCUUACGAUUGUCUUGUUGGGCGCGGCGAGGAGAUGGUUCCUAAGCGUGCCGCCCAGCUCCGAACUCUUUUGUGUGACCUGGGUCCUUCGUUUGUCAAAGCUGGACAGGUAUUGGCGAACAGGCCAGACAUUGUUCGUGAGGACUACAUGAAUGAACUCUGCAUCUUACAGGACGACGUGCCUGCUUUCCCUAAUGAGAUCGCGUUCAAAAUCAUUGAGGAGGAGAUGGGAGUGCCACUUGAGCAAGUGUUUAGUAAAAUAUCGGCUUCGCCAAUUGCUGCCGCUAGUCUUGGCCAAGUCUAUCGCGGGACGCUUCGUAGUACAGGGGAGGAGGUGGCCAUAAAAGUGCAAAGACCGAAUAUAGAACCAAUUAUCUACAGAGAUCUAUUUUUGUUCCGAAAUCUAGCAUCGCUCUUGAAUCCUUACAGUGUCGCGAAGCUGGGUUGUAAUGCAGAGCUUAUUGUUGAUGAAUUUGGUGAAAAGCUUCUCGAAGAGCUUGAUUACACUCUUGAGGCUCGCAACAUUGAAGAUUUUUACGAGAAUUUCAAGGUUGAUAAGACCGUAAAAAUUCCGCUUGUAUAUAAGCAGCUUAGCGGCCCGCAAGUCCUUAUUAUGGAAUGGAUUGAUGGUAUUCGAUGCACUGAUCCCCAGGGUAUCAAGGAUGCGGGCAUUGACGUAGAAGCUUUCAUUACAGUAGGAGUAAGUGCUGCAUUGCGGCAAUUGUUAGAAUUUGGUCUAUUUCAUGGCGAUCCACAUCCCGGAAACAUCUUUGCCAUGCGAGAUGGUCGAAUUGCUUAUGUGGACUUCGGGAACGUUGCAGAACUUAGUCAGAGAAAUAAGCAAAUUUUGAUAGAUGCAGUUGUGCACGCUGUGAAUGAAGAUUACGUUGAGAUGGCUGGGGAUUUUACAAGGCUAGGUUUUCUAGCUCCUGGCACUGAUGUAACGCCCAUUGUACCAGCUCUAGAGGCUAUCUGGCAAAAUUCAACCGGCAAAGGAUUGGCAGACUUCAACUUUCGUUCUGUUACUGGGAAAUUUAACCAGCUUGUAUAUCAAUAUCCAAUCCGAAUUCCGGAAAGGUUCUCAUUGGUCAUUCGAUCAUUGCUGACGCAAGAAGGCAUCUGUCUGACGCUUUCACCUGACUUCAAGUUCCUGGAGGUGGCAUACCCCUAUGUGGCCAAACGUCUGUUGACUGAUCCAGACCCAGCUCUGAGGGAGAGGCUCCUGCAAGUGCUGUUUAAAGAUGGUCUGUUCCAGUGGAAGAGAUUGGAGAAUCUCAUCGUUCUAGCAAGAGAGCAAGUGACUAUGACGAACAGGAACUUUCCAGUUAAUGGUGCUCUACCCGCAAAUGCAAGUACAAAUGGCGGCAGCAAUGGAAGGUCUAGAAAACCAGCUGGUGGAACGUUAGACCUGUCGGACACAAUCAAAGAUGGUGCUCGGGUGGUGGUGACUGAUGCUGAGCUGCGACGCCAACUUCUUAUGGCUUUCACAGAAGACUCUCGACUACAUGUUCGUGAGUUGUACGAUAUCUACCGAUUGGUCGAGGGAGAGUUCAACCCAAGCACGGUCUUGAUAGACCUAGUUCAAGGGUUACCUAAUGUCACUCGUGAUCUCAUGUUAUCAUGGAGUGACGCUGUCCUUUCUGAUCGACGACGAUAAGAGCUUGUCCAAACAGGACGCACAUCAAACAUGUAUUUUAAAUAAAGUGGUAGUCAUUACUCUGGGCUAAGAACUUUGGAAAGUAGGAGGAAAUUUUUCAUUGAAAGUCAUGGUUUGUUCCUCAGAAACAUUAGCAUGAGUAAGAAUAAUAUGUAUUCAUAAGUAUCAUAGAUAGGUGUACUAGUUCUUACUUUUCCUGGAGAGAAACUUAACGACCCAAUUCCCACUGAGACUCCGUCUCGUUUUUAACAUGAAAUUCUAUGUUUGGAACCAGCGAUUUCACAUGGUCAUGGCAAGGAGAAGCAUUUUCCCUUACUCAUGCAAAUAAACAAGAAACAUUCACAGAAAGAUUAGAAAGAAUUUUUAGGCCAUACUGGCAUAGUUUUGCGGUACAAAGGUCUGUUUUUCACAUGUUUUCACGAAAGUUGAAAUGGCAAUGAAAUGUUUUGUAUUCGUCAA